CAUCACAGCAUCACAGCAUCACAACAUCACCAAGGCUCAAAGACAAUCAAAGACAAGUUACCUACAUCAAGCAACUAAAACAUGCCCGCCUUUCGUCCAACUCCCCGCCUGUCGGCCGCUGCCCUUCCCAAUCCUUCUUCCCUCCCCAGAGCAGUUCCCAAGGGAGUAGCAGCCAAUGUUGUUGUUCCAGGCAUCGUGGUGGCGGCAUCAGUAUACGGCGUAAUCAGCUACAUCAAAAACCAACUGCAACAUGAGUCAUCCACCAUCGACAAGAUGUUUGCCCAAAAAAACACCCCCGCCGUGGAAGAAUCGAGACGGAGAAGUCUCUUGGUGGAUACUGAAGGCGACCCGAGGAGAACGCCCUACAACAUUCUGAACUGGAAAUAGAGGAUGCGAGAUUGUUUUGCUUUUAGGGACUGGGAGUGGCGCUGGUUGGAUUUAGUCAGCAUAGGUAGCCUGUGGCAUUUUGGGUUUUGUGCAAAGGGAAGGUGGCUCAAAUAAUAUGAAUUUUCUACCUAUGACUAG